CAGGCGCUUGUUUAUUACCGACAACAUGGAGCCCGUUGAAGUACAAGACGAGGAGGCUGUCAUUACAUCAAUCGUCACAACACCGCCCAUCUCGCGACAGAGCAGGGCAGACGAGCUGCGGAGCGUGAGCAGUAGCCCUGGGAGUGGAACCCACAUCUCCUCCAGCACCAGCGCAAUUUCUCUGGGGGAGGCAAUCGCGCACCGGGCCAAACAGGGGGUGGAGUCAUGGGAGCAACUGCCUAUGGAAGAGAAUGUGAGUCAGCUGAACAUGGCAUCUGUGAGCAGAUUGGGCCAGACAUCAUCCUGGCCAGUCCAGGUCCACACGCAAAAUUACCCAAUCCAAGAGAGGGUGGCAGAAGAAGCCACAGUACAGCACCAUGAAGGAAGAGCCUGCUCUUUCCAGCUAGAAUUUCAGGAUAGUCGUCUUUCGCCUGCUCUUCCUUUAUUGCCUGACAAAUCUGGAAAACUGCACAGCCUUGCAGAAGACACCCUUUUUCAUCAGACCGAUUUAGAGUUUGUGGCUCUCAGGGGAUCUCCAGACAUUUCUGUUGCAUCUGAAAGGUUACCCAUGCCACACCAGGUCCGCGAUGUCUCUCAAGUUUGCUUCUCAAAGGUGUCCAAAGACCCUCCUGUUGACCAGUCUGAGCUCCUUCAGAACCCUUUGGGUCUCACUGUGGCUUCAUUGGAAGAGGCCAGCAGCUGCUCCCUCUCCCAGCACACGCUGUCCCCGUUCUCUGAAGAUGGUGAACAGAGUGGGGAGCACUCUGGGACCCUGGAGGAAAUGCAAGUGGAAAGGGAACCAUGCUAUGGAGUGGCGGACCAGCCCACACAUACUUCUGAUGAGAGGGACCAAAGCCAUCUCAGCACUAGGGCCCAGGAGCAACCCAUGAGGUCAAUGUCCAAAGUCAGCAGCUCCUUUCGAAGUGGUCUUCAAAGUGACAUUACUGUGCCUCUAUUACUUGAGCUCCCUCGGAGGGAUGUUCACUUGUCGAGCAACAGCAGUGUGAUGUCCUCUGCCUCUGAAUCCUCAAUGAACAAGGAGUCUUCUUCAAGAGGGUCCACUGGUUAUAAAGCAGACAAACCAGACGCAAGUCCACCUUCCAGACAGGAAGACAUCACUGAACAGAAAAAAGCACAGCAGGAGGAAGUGGUUGGACCCAAACUGGAUCACUCCAGAAGCUCUUCAAAGGGGGAACUCUCAGCUGAACAGCGAGAAUGUCCCCUGGGGGUAGCCUCUUGCUCGUCUCCAACACAAGUGAAAGCAGGUUUAGACACAUCUGUGAGGUCCGAGGUGUCCAACAUCACCACUCGGGCUUCCCGUGCCCAGCAAGAUGACGAUUCGGACGCACUCCGCGAGGAGCUUUGUGCUGAGAUUGAGAGCGCCCGUCGGUCUAAGGCUAGGCCCAAAGCCCAAGAGGUUGAGAGUCAUCCUAAGCCCCCAAGCAGCCAGUCAGUCACCCCAAACACAUUCUCCUUAGGAACACAUAGCGGGAAGGGUAGCACCAUCGUAAAGGUACCCACAGACUUUGACAAGACUGAGGGACGGUUGUCAUCAGGUUUCAGCUUUGAAAGAGGGCAUGCAGAGAGAGAGCUCUCAUCGUCAGGGAAUCAGAUGGCUGUGGAUGGAUCUUUCCUGGGAUUCUUCUCCCGGCCAGUUUCCCAGUCCACUCCAGGUGUGUUCUCAGGGCCACCCAGAGCCAGUGUGCAGCCACCUAUAGGGAAGCUGUCUCCCAUUGAGUCCAACCCUGAGGUGUCUCAGUCCUCCUCCAGGGCAGUCCAGAGCAGCUCCUCAAAACUGUUUCUCGCUCCCACAUUUGACAUCAGUGUCAGAGACCCAACUGGACCUGGUACUGGGAUGGGAUCCUUAAGGGAUGCAUCACUCAGGAGUACUGGAAAGAUACAGUCCCUGCCAAGUCUAAACUUCAUGGAGAAAGUCGGGGCCUGGAAUAUGAAUCAGACAUCAGGGAAGACGUAUUUUGACGACUUGGCUCUUCGCGGUUUCUCUGGAGUCUCACCAAAGAAGAAAGCCUUCGAUGCCAUCUCCGACUCGCUGAACCGCAUCCUGUCCCAGGAGGGGAGCAGCAAACCGUUUGUGGCCACAUCCACAUCGGGGCCCAGCAGCCACAGUCCAAGGCGAAACCUGGCUGCCUCCUUCUCCGGAGCAAUGUCAGUUGGAGCAGAUUCUGGGGGUGGGAGCUUUGCAGCAUCCCCUAUGGACAGGCCUGGGAACCAGCCAACCCUUCGUGCAGAUCCUGGGGAACUUCAGCCUAGUGAGAGAAUGGGCAAUGACCUGGCAAGCCCCGAAUCCUUGUGCCUCUCGGGUUUGUCCCAGACAGGUCCUUCCCAAAGGCAGCCUGGACUGAAUGAGGAAGCGCGUGACCCGCAGCUAGAUCGCACAGAACCAGCCGGUGAACAGGAAGUAAAGAUGGACAAAGAUGUGAGUGGUGCUGGGAGAGAAAAUGCAGAGGAGCUGCUCAGUGCUGCUCAGCCGACAACUCGCCUUUGUUUGGACCGCUUCAGUGAUGUCUCCUCAAACAGAGACCUCAGUAACAUCCUGACCUGUUCUCUGGAUAGCUUCCAGGCAGAACGAAGGCUGGCAGCCUCCAUGGGGGCAGUGUCGUCUGUGGCCAGUCUAGAAGUGGACAACUAUGUGCCCUAUUGGGCUCCCAGUCCUUCAUCACCAGCAAAAGAUGCAGAGCUAAAUAUUGAGGAGAGAAUUCCGAUGUACCUCCAUAACCUUGGCAUUGACCAGUCCCCAUCAGCUAUCCUCACUCCUUUUGUACCAAGAGGACCUAUCAGAGAACCGGAAUUCUCCCCAACUGAUCUUUGCACAUUGAAAGGUUCCACAGGAACACCAACAAAAAGCACACAGCCAUCUGAGGAAGGCAGUCCUGGUAAAGGAGAGUUCUCGAGAUGCAGUCUCAUGUCUGUUGGCUCGACUGUGUCUAUCCCGCUGAGUGUAGACAGCCUGCAGCCCACAAUUCCCCUCUCCCAACACGCCAAGGACAAACUGCAGACCACCUUCCAAUCUCUGGGUCCCCUCCCUGGCUUGCCACAACCCCCUGCCCAAGAUGCGGCCCACAACCUGAGUGAUAGCACUGACGACCCAACCACAUUGCGAGUACGGGAGCUCAUCAACAAGUACCAAUCCGGGGAAGUGUUGGUUUCUCCUGGCAGCCCUCCUUCCACAGAAGGCAGACAGCAGCAGACUCGGGACUCCCCUGUGGAGGCCAAACCCUUCAGUGAGAUAUCGAACAGCAGCACGGAUCAGGGUGCUGACUCCUUUGUGGGGUCCAAGACCCUGCAGGAGAUACGGAAACUCCUUGGCAGGGCAGAGAGCAUUGUGUCAGGGAAGUCCUCCGUCUCGUCCUCUCCACCUUCGCUGCGGGGCUCCGAUGAUUCCCUUCUCUGUCUAAAAAAGAGACUGGAGGGCUUCCAGGACUCUCUUGCCUCCUCCACAGGAAACCAGGAGAUGUCCUCCUCUCUGCUCUGGGGCAGAUCCUCCUCAGAGUCUGCAGUGACAUCAGAGGGGAUGAAAGAAGGCUCCUCCAGCAAGCUCUGCAGGUCCCCUCGAGCAUCCAGUCACAACUUUGCAGCAGGCAAAUGUGUCCUUUUGAGGUCCUUGGACAGCAUUUCGAACCAGGCAGCUGAGUCUUUCCCGACUAAAUCAGUGAGGCGAUCCGAGCCUGAGGGCUGCAGCGCGAUUCCAGACCGAGCUGCCCCGGUGUUUGUUUCCGUAAUGCAGGUAAAUCCACCGAUUCCCAGCGGAGCUGUGCAGCAGGGUCCAGUGCAGGAAGUGUUAUCACCGACGGAGAGCUCGGUGACCGGCCCGGGAGAGGACACGCAGGCCCCCAGCCUUAAGGAGGCUGAGAGAGCAAUGGAGAGUGACAGCAGCAGCGCGGACACUCUGACAACAAGAGUGGCUGCGCUGCUGAGGAAUGAAUCGCCAGCAACAAUGGUAUCUAGUAACAGCAGCACUGCAUGUGAGGAGGACAAAGCACGAGAAUGGAUUAAGUUGAAGGUCACCGGGCAACAGUGUGAACAGCUGCAGCUGAACGUGGAGGACAGACAACGCAUUGAAGAGAUCAAGAGAGAUCUCCUUCAUAACACCAAACAUUUAGCAAAGAGCCAGCUGAGCACCGACACUGAUUCCAGCACGCACUCCAGUGCCCCCUGGGGGCAGCCUCCUUCGCACGCGGGCCAGUUCAAUGCCCUGAAGGCUGCAGAGCACCAGCUGUCCCACCAGCUGCAGCGGCUCAACCACAACGUCUUCGACUCCAGCGUGCUGCUGCACUCUCCCGUCCACCAAGACCCGGAGGCACGGGUCCGAGACAGGGCCCAGAGGACCAGCUCCCCGCCAAUCACAUCCAUCACCAUCGCCUCCUGCCGCCGCUCCCCCUCCCCCGCCCCUGCACGCAGCCCCGAGCCCGCACCCCUCAAUCUGGCUCACCUCGCCACAGAUGCUGUUCCUCUACCAGCCACCGGGGGGCGAACCUCCGAGAGCCAGGAACCUGCUCUUCAGCCCAAGGUGGAUAUGACGGUUCAGGUUUCUUUGGAAGCAGACUCAGUUGGUGAAACGGAGAACGUCACGCGCGUUCGCAGUCCUCCCAAUGAUCUCGUUCCAGCAACAGGGCUGGGACCCAACCGCCUCGACCAGUCUCCGUCUUCUUCCGAAGCGAUAACCCAGUCGAAAACGAACACCCCCGGGACACAGUACUCUACGUCGUAUGGCUUCGACACGAGCUCCACGGCGGGAGAAGGGAGCCGGACACGCAGCAGACGGACGAGGUCUCCCUUCCGCCUGGACCCAACAUCCCGGCAGGUCUCAAGGUCGGACCCGAACAUAAGCUCCACGUCCAGCCUGGAGCCCGGAGCAGCUCCUUUGCACAACUCUACUUUUGCGUCUGGCUCCUGCUCUCUCCUCUCCCCGUCCAAGAAGGUUCUCACCCAUGUCCACCUCACCCUGUCCCCAAAACAGUCCGCCAUGGAUCGACCUGUUCAGCAGGUCAUGGUUCCAGAGAGGAUAGGAGGUGGUAUGGAGCGCAGAACUGGCCUACCUCCCGACUUCUCCACCAGGCUGUCCUCUCUGAAUCCUCCAGGGUUAACUGUUCCUGGGCAAUUGUUCCCUGACGGUCAUCCGCCAGUGAACCGGAGUUCGUAUUUCCCUGUUCCCAGGGUAACCAGCUUCACCAAUGCACGCCACGAACCAGUGCCUGUGCCUUUGUUAUUUGAUCGGACGAGCUCAAAUGAGGUCCCUAUUCAGCCAAUCAGAAGGGAAAAUCGUGAGACUGCUGAAGCGUCCGUCCAGAUCACCACCCGUGUACCCCAGGAGGUAUCAUGGAGGGCACGGCCUGUCACAAGCUUCCCACAUUCCCCCACUGCUCAGCAAAGAGUGCCGGGUCUGUGUGAGCCCUUAUCUGUUCAGACACCCGCUGUGCCCGUUUUGCUACCGUACAAACCCCACGGGAGCCCAGAGCUGUUCUACAUCCCCAAGAGCCAGGCGCCGCUGUCUGAGACCACCUUAGAGAGCUCCCAUCCAGGCUCGGACGACGCCGUACCGCCAAAGUUCAGCUCUGAGGUACUGGGCUCCAGAGACCGGGAGGAAGGGGACGCGGUCAGCACCAAGCACGCCGAGGGGAUCUACAGCAAGAGAGUCACAGGUUACCAAGCUCGCCAAGGACACGCAGGUCUCAGAAUGGACACGGUUGACGGUCUUCAGGCUGAUGAAGUCCGGCAGAGUCGCAGGCCGUACCCUCUGGCUCCCAGGACAGGCGCCUCUGGUGACCCACCCAGGGGUUCUGACACGUGGCAGAAUGUCAGGAGCGUGGACCCCCCCAGCAGAGACCAGGAGGAGGAGGAGUUUGCACCUCUGCAGGGAGAAGCAACCUACAACACCGAGGAACUCCAUCCCUACAGCCGCCCUGUCCGAGAGCCCCGCCCAGCGGGAGGGUCAGACACGGAGAAGCCUGGCCGCCAUUGGCAGGAUUUCAGCACCAGGGGCGUGACCUCCCGGAGCAGCGGCAGCAACCUGAACGAGCUGUGGCAGAGGUUUAACGAGAGGCGGAGCCAUGGGGAGGCCGCCCCCCACGCGGCGGAGGAAACGCCAUUGCUGGACAGGUUGGAGCGUCUGUCACGGCUCAUCCACAGCAGCCACCAUGCCACGCCCUUGGGAGGGAGGGACGCCGGUGGCCCCAGCAAGAGACGGGGAGAGGGGAGGAGGAGGCAGGGGGAGAAGGAGGAGAAGAGGAGAGAGGAGGAGGAGGAAGGUUGGGGGCAAAGAGAGGCGGAUCGGAGGAGGGGAAACCGAGAGCGUGCCGUCGGGGAGGCCUGGGCGGAGCCGGAGGCGGAGCUGGAGGAGGAGUCUCUCAGCAGCUCCACCCUCACCGAGAGCUCAUUGGGCCGACACCGCUGCCCGGCGGAGAAGGAUGGGUCGGGGAGCAGGUCCGGGGAAACGGACACCGCGGACACGGCCAGCACCAUGUCCACCAUCGACACCGCCCGGCUCAUCCGCGCCUUCGGACCGGGCCGGGUCCAGGUCAACCCCGGACUCAACAGGCUCUACAGCGCCAUCGGCAGGCAGAAGGGAAGCACGGAGCAGAGGAGAGGGAGGAAGAGAGGCAGCCCCAAACCUCCGGCCCCCGCUCCCUCCGAUGACUCCACCGUGGCUACAGGUUCGUCAGACGGUGAACGCCAGGGGGCAUCGGACAUCCUCGUGCCAACAAAGGCGGUCAAACUGGUCAGCAAAGGAGUACAGGCGGGCGAUUUGGAGAUCGUGGUGAACGGGACCAGGAAGCACACGCGAGACGUGGGCACCAUCUUCCCCUCGCCCCUCUCUGCCCGGGAGCCGGAGCCCUCCUCUGGCAGCGGGGGAGGCCAGGGUGAAGGGACGACCCUCCCUAAAGCACAGAGCUUCAUGAGCGAGAAGAGAAGCAAGAAGGUUCUAGAACAGCGAUACCCUCAAGGUGUGUCUUGGUUCGUCCCUGCAGAAGGCCUGAAGGCCAAUGCCAAGGAGAACCAGCCUGAGCCCAGAGCAUCGCGUGGGCCCGGCCCAGUGUGGUUUCAGCCCUACUCCAAAACCCAACCCUGGAGGGAGCCCCUCAGAGAGAGGCAGAUACAGGAACCAGUGAGCAUCAAGAGGAGGAGCCCGGUUCAGCCAAUGCGCACUGCAGAACCGGACACAGCGGGCAAAGCUCCACCCGCCCUGACUCGCAUUACACUUCAGGAGGCCCUGGAGAUGCGGCGGCCGGACUUCGUGUCGCGCUCGCGGGAGCGCAUGAAGAGGCUGGGGCUGCAGGUGGAGGAACGCAGGCUGCAGGCCGUCUUCGACCAGGAGAGAGAGCAGCUCUUCAACCAGCCUGGGUGCCGAGCUCAGCUCAGCCAGCCUGCAGAUUUUCCGGCUCAUAGAAAGAAAGUCGUUCCCAGGAAAGAGAUGUUCAAGAGAUCAAAGCAACUGUCUAAUCAUGAGAAAAAGGAGUUAAGAUCUGAAAAGGUAGCCAGUCAGAGGAGAGCUAAGAGGAUAUACUCCCAGCUGCCUGAAGUACAGCAGAGGAUAGAGGAGGAGCGGAGGAAGGCUGAGUACCGUUCCUACAGGCUUAAGGCCCAGCUCUACAAGAAGAAAAUCACCAACCACAUCUUGGGGAGAAAGACACCAUGGCAGUGAUCAGGAGGUUGUGACUACACAACGGAUGAAGCAAUUUUUGUGCAGUGGAGGGAAAAGUAUUUUUAUUCUUUUUUUAUAUCCUUUGUGUGUUGUAUUCCUGAUCUUAUGUGCCUUGUUUUUACUAGAUGUUUCCUUAGUUUGUUUUUACUGAAAUGCAAUGCCUUUUUAAUAAAAAAAAUGUUCUAUUAUGUUUUAAUAAUGUUGUAAUAAUGCUGUAAUAAAUUGACUGAGUAAAGGUUUGGACAUGGA